UUACGUACGAAAUAGCAGUCGUGAAGGAGAACUGCAUGUACACUGCGUUUUCUGGACAGCACUGCGGUAAAUACUCCUGCAAUCGUGUGUAAAGUAGCCGAGGAAUUGGUGUUGUAUACGACUUAGCUCUUCAGUUGACAUUUAAAUCGAAUCCCGACAUUAAGCAUCAUGUUUGGAGGUUUCGGUGGAGCCCUGAAGAACUUGGGAUCAAAGGCCGAGCAGUUGAUGGAAAAGAAGAAACAUGAAGUUGAGGAUAUAGCUAAUCAGAAAAAACAAGCGGCAAGUGAGAUGCUGGAGGAACAAGCCAAGAAGACCGGAGAUGCCAUCUGGUCGACAAAGUCAGAGCUGGAAACUGCGGCUGUCGGUGGGGCGAUGGACGCCAAAAGCACAGCUAUCGAUGCCUUCGACGAGGAAUUCAGCAAGGCAGAGAAGGCUGUAGACAGCACCAUCGACCAAGCCAGCACAGCUGUGGACGCUAAGCUGAAGGAAGCAGACCAGUUCAUCGACGAGAAAAGAGAGCAGGUGGGGAAAGCAGUGAAAGAGACAUCGCAGAAAGUGGUUGAAACUAAGGACCAGACAUCGGCAUCUGUCCUUGGGAAGGCAAAGGGCAUCCUCAACUUGUAAUUUCAAAGCAAAAAGCACAUCAAGAGGAAGUCCAUUUUUCUGCAUUCUCCUGCCAUUCUAUUUGCUUUUUGUGUGUUCUGUGGCACAGGGGAGAGGAGACAUUUCAUCCCAUACAUCACUGCUGCAGAAACAGGAGGCUGUGUAGCAAAAUUCUUCAUUGUGGAACAUAUGUCAUUGUGAGAAGAACAUAAACUGCUACCUUGAUCAACUUCAUAGUUGUUCCUAGCAAGAGAGCACAAGUAGUCUAGUUUGCUAAUACAUGGCCCAUAUGGGUGAUUUUCAAUUGCAUCAAUGGACUAUUUUAAAAAAAAUAAAAGAAAAAAUCAAACAUAACUAGAUUUUAAGUUACCAACUCCCAUGCCAUAUAGGGAUUUUUUUCUACAUUCACUGAAAAAUGAACAAGCACCUAAAUGUCUCAUAUGUAUUCAUCAAUUGCAGCUUAUUAUAUAUUCUGAAGUAUCCACCUCAAAGUGGUAUUUAAAAGUGAUUGCAGGCCAACAACAUUUAUUUCUUGAGAAUUUCUGGCAUGAACAGAAGGAGAGGUCAGUACCAUAAUUAUUUGUAAAACUUUUCUGGUUAUAAUACCAAUUAUUUGAUGAAAAAACAUUCAACGUUACAUUUUUCCUAUUUCUAAUAACAAACACUAAAUAUUGAAGACUGCAAUUAGUAUAAUAUAAAACCAUUGCGAUAGAAGAGAAUACAACUGGUUCCUAAAUACUCUUUAAAAUUUUAUGCCGUCUCUAAAUACUUUUGUUUUGCCAUCAUUAAAAUACUGAUGAGAAAUGCCUUAUGUAAAUAAAAUGUCAGUUGCAGCCUAAACAAGAGACAAAGUGUGUCCCAAUAAGGCAGUUCACACUUUGACACUGAACAGAAUAGUAUGAGGCAGAAAUAAUAAAGAAGACCAAUUAAAUUCAUUUCAAAUAAAAUAAAACCAACAAGAUAAAUAUUAAAGGAAAAUUAUAUAUCUGAAAUUUGAUGUUCUGUGUAUUUAAAGUUUCAGAACUAAAAUAUGAAUGAGAGUUUAAAGUGUGGUCUCUUUAAUAUUGCCUUCUGUAGAUAUUAUGCCUAGCAUAUAUUAAAUCUGAUUUGUCUGAUAAAGAAAUUGUGCUGUGCCAUUGAA